AAUUCACAUAUGACUCGUCGUCGAACUUCUGCUGCUGCUGUAGAUCUGAUCCUGUAAACAGAAUUUUGUCUACGCACAACACUUUAGCUGGUUUUACCCGUUUUCGUCGGCGUUAAACUAGAAGGUUCCAUAGCUGCCGAGAUCCGAUACAGUUAAACUUCUCAGUGAAGUAGAAACGUCAGUUCGUCAGAAUGCAGGACCCUAAUGAGGACACAGAAUGGAAUGACAUUCUAAGAGCCAAGGGUAUCCUCCCAGCUAAAGAGAAGGAAGUUACAGAAGAUGAUAUCAUUGACUUGGUUGAGAAAACAGUCCAAUCUAAACUGGGUAAUGGUGAGAAAGCAAUUGAAGAACGCACUCUUGAUGAAUUGGAUGAGCUGGAGGAUGAAGAAGAUGAUGCUGUUUUAGAAGAAUAUCGUCGCAAACGCAUUGCUGAGAUUAAAGCCCUUGCCUCAAGAUCUAGAUAUGGAGAAGUGAAGGAAAUCAGUGCAGUUGAUUAUGUUCCCGAGGUGAACAAAGCGGGGGAAGGUGUUUGGGUUGUAUUGCAUCUUUAUAAACAGGGGAUUCCACUUUGCGCUCUUCUAAACCAGUACCUUGCAGAAUUGGCAGUAAAGUUUCCUGCUACUAAAUUUUUGAAAAGUAUUUCAACAACUUGCAUCCCUAAUUACCCUGACAAAAAUUUGCCAACCAUGUUUGUUUAUCAAGAAGGGGAAAUGAAACAACAGCUUGUGGGACCAGUUGCUUUCCGCGGCAUGGGUAUCACAGUCGAAGAGUUAGAAUGGAUGCUUGGGCAAACAGGUGCCAUUGAUUCACCAAUAACGGAAGAUCCUAAACCAAAAGUGCGGGAUGUCCUCUUUCAGUCUCUACAAUCACAGAAGGAUGAAUGCAAUGAUUGGUGAUUGAGCUUAACACCACUCUCCCACUCCCAGAAAAGUUGAUCUUGUCUUCAUGAAUAUAUCAUGGCUUCCAUAUUUCACUUUGUAAACAGUAUUUCCCUCCCUCUAUUUAUCAUAAUUGAAUGAACUUAUUUGACUAAAAUGAUAUUUUUAGGCUUGGCCAAAGAUUUUUGAACUUGUUUUUGCUUAUAAAUGUCUUGUUUUUAUAUUAAUCUAAUAUAAAUAUUUGUAACAAAUUUUUAUAUGUACUGUAAUUUUCCUUUCUAUUUGGAGACCGACUGAGACUUAAUGAGUAUGUUAAUCAUUUACUCACAUAGCUUUUAUAAAAUAUUUCUUCAACCUAUUUGGUCUGCAAACAUCACCUACACAGGGUAAUUUUUAAAAAGGAAAUAAAAGUACAAAGAUUGCUGUGCA